AUGGUAAUUUCCUUAUCACCAAAUCCUUCGCAUGACACGCUGUACUCAAAGGUGAGAGGUUUUGGGGGGACGGUCCCCUGGUGGGCGGAGAACGCUGGUGCAGUGGGAGACUUCAGCUCCGAUCCAGGUCUUUGCACCGUUCGGUCCGGCCCGCAGGGCUCGCUCUUGCCCUUCGUCUGGGAGGCAGAGGAACUGGGCGGGCUGGGCGGCGACCCCGCCCCCGGCAACAGCGAGCUGUUGGGGAUAGGAGAGAGUGCGGAGCACGGAAAGAGCAAGCCGAGUAAGCCCGAGCCCCGCCCCACCUCGCCUCAAUCCAGCCGCCGACGUCUGCUGUGCUCUGGUCGCCAUGGUGACCAAUUGAGGCUCGGUCCCGCCCCCGCCCCCUUGCCCCGGCCCCCUGACGUCGGUGCACGUCAGCGGCGGCGCGCGCCUGGCUGGGCCCUGCGGAGCGGGAGGGUAGGAGCCACGGAGCGAGCGGAGCGGCUGUUGCCGGAGCUGAGCCCCGCCGCCCGCUUGCGCUCAAGUCCUCGGUGUCCAGCAGCGGGUCCCAGCAUGGUCAUGGCGGAUGGUCCGAGGCACUUGCAGCGCGGGCCUGUCCGGGUGGGGUUCUACGACAUCGAGGGCACGCUGGGCAAGGGCAACUUCGCCGUGGUGAAGCUGGGGCGGCACCGGAUCACCAAGACGGAGGUAGCAGUGCAGAUAGUUAAUGAAACAAGACUUGAUAGCCAAAUGACCAUGGAAAACAUUGAACACUUAAAAGUGAAUGAGAAUAACUUGAAUUCAUAUUAUCUUGCUAAUCAUGGCCGGUUGAAUGAGUCUGAGGCCAGGCGUAAAUUCUGGCAAAUCUUAUCUGCUGUUGAUUAUUGUCAUGGCCGGAAGAUUGUGCACCGUGACCUCAAGGCUGAAAAUCUCCUGCUGGAUAACAACAUGAAUAUCAAAAUAGCAGAUUUUGGUUUUGGAAAUUUUUUUAAAAGUGGUGAACUGCUGGCAACAUGGUGUGGCAGCCCCCCUUAUGCAGCCCCAGAAGUCUUUGAAGGACAGCAGUAUGAAGGACCACAGCUGGAUAUUUGGAGCAUGGGAGUAGUUCUCUACGUCCUUGUCUGUGGAGCUCUCCCUUUUGAUGGACCGACUCUUCCAGUUUUGAGGCAGAGGGUUCUAGAAGGAAGAUUCCGGAUUCCAUAUUUCAUGUCAGAAGAUUGUGAGCACCUCAUCCGCAGGAUGUUGGUCUUAGACCCAUCCAAACGGUUAACCAUAGCGCAAAUCAAGGAGCAUAAAUGGAUGCUGGUAGAAGUUCCGGUACAAAGACCUGUUCUCUAUUCACAAGGGCAAGAAAAUGAACCAUCCAUAGGGGAGUUUAAUGAGCAGGUUCUGCGAUUGAUGCACAGCCUUGGAAUAGAUCAACAGAAAACCAUUGAGUCUUUGCAGAACAAGAGCUAUAACCACUUUGCUGCCAUUUAUUACUUGUUGGUGGAGCGCCUGAAAUCACAUAGGAGCAGUUUUCCUUUGGAUCAGAGACUUGAUGCCCGCCAGCGUCGGCCUAGCACCAUUGCUGAACAAACAGUUGCCAAGGCACAAACUGUGGGACUCCCAGUGACCAUGCAUCCACCGAACAUGAGGCUGAUGCGCUCUACUCUUCCACAGGCAUCCAAUUUGGAGGCCUUUUCAUUCCCAGCGUCUGGUUGUCAGGCAGAAGCAGCCUUUAUGGAAGAAGAGUGUGUUGAUACUCCAAAGGUAAAUGGCUGUCUGCUUGACCCUGUGCCUCCCAUGCUGGUGAGGAAAGGAUGCCAGUCGUUGCCCAGCAACAUGAUGGAGACCUCCAUCGAUGAAGGACUGGAGACAGAAGGAGAAGCAGAGGAAGACCCCAGCCACGCCUUUGAAGCAUUUCAGUCCACGCGCAGUGGGCAGAGACGGCACACUCUGUCAGAAGUAACCAAUCAGCUGGUGGUGAUGCCUGGCUCAGGGAAAAUUUUCUCCAUGAGUGACAACCCCUCACUUGACAGUGUGGACUCCGAGUAUGAUAUGGGGUCUGUUCAGAGGGACCUAAACUUUCUGGAGGACAACCCUUCCCUUAAGGACAUCAUGUUAGCCAAUCAGCACUCACCCCGCAUGACCUCUCCUUUCGUCAGCCUGAGACCUGCCAACCCAGCCAUGCAGGCACUGAGCUCCCAGAAACGAGAGGCCCACAACAGGUCUCCUGUGAGCUUCCGAGAGGGCCGCAGGGCAUCGGAUACCUCCCUCACCCAAGGAAUCGUGGCAUUUAGACAACAUCUUCAGAAUCUGGCUAGAACCAAAGGAAUCCUAGAGCUGAACAAAGUGCAGUUGCUAUAUGAACAAAUAGGAUCUGAGGCUGACCCUCACCUGGCAUCAGCUGCUUCUCAGCUCCAAGACCUUGCUAGCAGCUGCCCUCAGGAGGAAGUUUCUCAGCAGCAGGAAAGUGUCUCAGGUCUACCUAACAGUGUGCAUCCUCAGCUUGCCCGGCGGCAGAGCCUGGAAACCCAGCACCUACAGCACAGACUCCAGAAACCCAGCCUUCUGUCAAAGAACCAGAACACCUGUCAACUUUAUUGUAAAGAGCCACCCCGGAGCCUUGAACAGCAGCUGCAGGAACACAGGCUCCAACAGAAACGACUGUUCCUGCAGAAGCAAUCUCAGCUGCAGGCAUAUUUUAACCAGAUGCAGAUAGCAGAGAGCUCCUAUCCACAACCCAGUCAGCAACUGCCCCAUCCUCACCAGGACAGUCCCCCAGCACCACAGCAGCCACCGCCAUUCAGCCUGGCCCAGCCCCUGAGCCCUGUCCUGGAACCUUCCUCUGAGCAGAUGCAAUACAGCCCUUUCCUCAGGCAGUACCAGGAGAUGCAGCUGCAGCCCCUGCCCUCUGCACCAGGCUCCCGUGCGCCUCCACCACUGCCCGCACAGCUGCAGCAGCCUCCGCCACCGCCGCCUCCUCCACCCCCCCAACGACCCGGAGCUGCUCCACCACCCUUACCAUUCUCGUAUCAGACUGGCGAGCUGCCGAGUGCUGCUUCCCCUGAGCCAGACUACCCCAUUCCCUGUCAGUAUUCCAUGGACGGAGCCGAGCCAAGUGGCAUAGCAGUGCCGGACUCUCCCAGGAGCCCAGGACUGCAGGAGGCGCCCUCCAGCUAUGACCCUUUAGCCCUCUCUGAGUUACCUGGACUCUUUGAUUGUGAAAUGCUAGAGGCUGUGGAUCCGCAGCCCAGUGGGUAUGUUCUGGUGAAUUAA